GGCGCUUGAACAUGCAGAGGAAGACUCUUCAGAGUACAUUGUAAAAGUUCAAUCGAAGAUAUGGCCAGCCUGAACCGGACCGACGGCAGCAUCAGCCGUCAAAAGGUUCGGCCCAGCUGGUCGGAACUCGCCUCGUUCGACUUGCCUGACGAGGCCGAGUAUAGCGGAAGUCAUCCUCAGGACGACGAUGGCUCAAGUGACCCGUACCUUCGCGCUGCGAUGCGCAGAGCAGCCCUUAAUGGGGCCGGACAAGAAGAAGAUAGUGAUAUAGAAUGGAGACCCGCAGCUCAUGUUGUUCGAGGCAAGCCUCCUCGUGUUGGAAGCAGCAGGGAUAAGGACCACAGAAAGGAGACCGCUGCGCUCUCCUCAACCCCAAAAGCUGCACAAAACGUGUCAAAGUUUGCGCAAGUCUCACCGAUGACAGAAAAUCAGAAUGGGCCACAAGAAAGCACGCCUUCCAACUGUUCGGGCCCCAGUCCAUCCCUGAUAGGCUUCGUCACGGAGAGAAGUGCUCCGUUUCUGCCAGAAUCCAAGUUCGCGGCGUCGCGAUCACCGGCUUACCCUCUUGACUCGAAGAACCCCAAACUCAAGUCUGUUAAGGUACCAGACUCAUUGCGAGCGGAAUCAGGCGACGUAUGGCGCGAUGAGAGUGGAAAGCCAAUGAGUGCUUUUCGAAGAAAAAGGUUCAUGCAGCAGGGUUAUGCCAACAGUCCAUUCAUGGCGGACUCUUCAGGUGCAAGCAGGGCCAAGGCGAUGGCGAUGACGAAAGGGAAAGAACACGACCAAGAGGGGAACUGUGCUAUGCAGCCCUCGAGCAAGGUCGAAGCCCGGCUGACAGCACCGAUCCAACGUGACGUGACUCGAGAUCCAGGGGGUGGAGUGGACCCGGAGGCGAUGCUCGCUGCGCUCAAAGAUUCGAUGGAUUCUUCCCAAACCUCGCCCCGCGCCCCAUUUCUAAAGUCAACAGACUCGGCUGACACAAGCGUCAGAGCCUCGGCCGCGGAAGUGCCUGGCGGUGCAGAAGCAGACAUGCUUCGCAGCCUUUUUAAAGAGAAUGCAGCAAAGGUGGCGGGCAUGAGUGGCAAGGAAGUGCAAAUGGAGUUGCAAAGCUUGGAGAAGACCUUCGGCAAAGAGCUGUUAGAGCGCUUUCGCGAGAGAAAGUCAAGAAAGGAUCAAGCGGCGGUAGAUCAAGGCGCUGCGUCUAAUGACCUUAUGGAAAAAGAUGCAUCACGACAGUCUUUCGCACCACUUGUCGCAAGGGUAGGGUCCACUCAGACUGCCUCGACGAUUGAAGGGGCGUAUCGAAGCCAGCCGGAGAGUGCGCGACCACUAGAGGUUUCGGCGGCACCUCAAGCAAACGAGGAUCAGACUCACCAUGAUGGCCACCCUCAUCAUCACGCAAACAUCCCCAACGCUUCUCCUUCGGAGCCACGCUUUACACUCGAUGGCUUGGAGCUGCUUCCUGGCUCGUCGAGGCUUGCCUCUGCUGAAGCUGCAGGCGAAGCGCUUACGAUCGACAGCAUCUUGCAGCUGUGUCGCAGUACUGCGGCAGCUCAGAGGCGCUUGUUCUUCUGUGUUCUUGCCAGAGUACUCGAGCGACACCCUCCCCAAUUGGAACUACCGGUCAAGGCCGAGCUGAGCAAGACAUCCAAUCAGGAUGCAGCCUGGCGCGUGCUGGUGACCAAGGAAGUACACAGUCGAGUAGCGAUUCUGGCUGCCUGGAUGCUUGGCGAUGCUGCGCGCAACAUUCGAGAACAUGUGUUGGAAUGUCUCGUGCGCUCGCUGGAGUAUCUGCCCUGCGCUCUCGCCGCACAAUCAAACAGCAAUGUCGAAUGCAAGGCGAAAGCCAAAAUCUCAAAGGAAGCAGAAGUGAUACAGGAACUCCUUGGCCUUGGUAUCGUCAGCAAGCUCGAUGCACUGCUUGGCGAUUUGCGCCUGUCCAGACGAGUGCCGCCCCAGGACAGCAACACACAGGAACAGACUUUUAAAGUGAUCAAGUGGCUAUGCGAAUACGGCUUGCAAGGGUCGGAAGCCGUGCUUCAGGAGAAGCAUCUCAUCGGACGAAUCAUCUCCCACAUCGAUCGACCUUGGCCUCUGAUUGAAGACGCCGAUCAUUUGCCUCAACCUUCAACGCAGACAGAUGCCCCUUCGCUCGAGGGAUUGAGAGCUUUGGACGCAUUGAUUCGCGCGUCCCGCCGCUCUGCCGAAGUUUUGGCCUCAAAUCAAAGGCUGAUCUCAACGCUGAUCCGCUUCAUUAACAUACAGCCAGAGCUUCCGCCGAGCGCAAACCAACAUGGCAACUCCAUCCUUCAACUCUCGCUGCAAAUUCUGGCCAGCCUCGGACGUUAUGGCCUUGCAACAUGGCUUGCUGCGCUUCUCUGGAAUACGUUGUCAAGGCUCAUGGCGAUGCUGCAGACCGCGAACGAACAAUCAUCUGAGGGCGCACAGUUAGAUAGCUUGGAAGCAGCUUGCUUUAAUCUGCUUCACGUCUGGACUGUCUGCGCUACAGACCCGCAUGCCAGCACACCAGGAGGGCACGACAUCGUUUGGGACACGGUGAAGGAUUGGCCUCGCUUCAGCUUGUUGGUGCUGCUGCGCCAUGCGAAAAGACAAUCCUCACUUUCACGCGGCGCCACCCAGACCGUGAGCGCAGCGGCCUCGCAUCUUGCUUCGGCUUUGCGCGGCGCUCGGCGUCAUCCAGAAGCGUCACUCACGUUCUCGCUGUCAGGUGCCGACAAAGACGAGAUCGCAAAACUAUUGGAGCAAGCUUCGUCGGCCGCACUUGUCGUUCUACAUCAACUCUGUGUCGAUCAGAUUUUCAAUAGUGUUGCAGCGUUGACUUUGGCAGAUACCGCGGCCAGCGCCUUUGAUGCUUCUUUUGGUUUGACACGCCUCCUCGACUCUUCAGGUCGUCAAAUCGAAGCUGAUUCAGCGCUAGCUGCGGAGUCCCUCGCCUGGCUUGCAAGGAGAACUUCGCAGCUAGGCAUUUUUACAGCAAUAAGACAUUCCAUCAUAAGAUUUGUGCGUGAGGAAUCGCGGAUCAAUAGGUCCAAGCCUAGCAUCGGUUUGCGUCUGUUGGCAAAACUCUGUCCGAAUGAAGAGGCGGUCGCGCGACAAAUAAUCGACCAGGUGCUCUCAAUAUCUGCCCAAAAGGAUAUAAUUCAACCUUUUUUCAAGGAAGCCUUGCGAAAUCAAAGUGAGCUGCCUGCUUCACUGAUCCUAGGCAUCGAGCAUCCGUCAGAGAUCGCGACAGCAUAUAGCAGCAACGCACGAUAUCUUCCGAUCCACCAUGUGCAAGAAGAUGCAGAGGCUUCUGAAGACUUCGACCCAGCGACCGGCGCACAGUUCUGGCGAUGCCUAGGGAACCGGCUUCCACUUCGCCGAGAUUGGCCUCUUCUUCCAUUGGACGAGUUGAUGCACAGUGGGAACAGCGCGGUCUUCAACCGUCCUGGCGCACUGCCGGCAAAAUGGGACUACAACGAAAAGGACGUCGUCUUGGCUACUCUCUCCUUCGCCAUCAGUUGCCUCCAGAGUUUUGAAGAGGACGUUGCUGAUGGGGCUCCUAGCGCUGCAGAGCUUUGGCUCAGUAUCAUCAAAGUAUUUCUGCUCGAGGGAAAUGAUGCAUCGAGUGGGGCAGCAACUGGCGCUCUUACAGGCAGGGACCUCUUUCGAGAUCCCGAAGUAUCUGCCCAGCUAAAGAACCUUUGUGCACUGGCAAGCGCUUUAGAGACUUCUGAAGGUGACGACAUUGAGAACGCAACGGCCCGUGUGUUCGGGCCAGACUUACCGUUCUUUCAACUCUACUCGGACUUGCUUGGUGUCUAUGACGCCGUCUCAUUCGGCGAUGCCACCUUUGCGCUUGCGGUCGUCCAACCUCUCGCUAUGAGGUAUUCUUCGGACUAUCGCCGGCUCCUCUGGAAUGAUUUUGCACAUAUCCUGCCGACACUCAAGCUUGAAAGGAGAAACGCCAGUCCAUUUGAACGUUUCUGCGAGCCUGCCGAGACGGACGUGACCGUGUUGGAACUCUAUGCAGCUGCUCUCCUGUCCGGCCAGGUGAAGGAGAAUCGGAACGACUUCCUGUUCGCCAUCGCAGUCCACCAUAUCUCUGCUGCAAUUUGGAAGGAGGCCCCCUUGCAGAAGAGCACAUUCGUUCAACAACUGACAAAGAUGAUGUUCGCACAGGAGCGACAUCGCGAGGUUGCUCGUAGCGUUCUCGAAUGGGAGUGCGAGGAAAAUAGUCUGCAGAAAAGUGAAAGACAGCAGGCCCUGUCUCAGAUUUUGGACAAUUGAAUGCGCUUGACGAGGUAUGCUACAGAAAUGUAUGCUACAG